CUAAAAACCGCUCUCCCUCCCCCAGCUAAACUGAGUUAGGUUCCCCCGCAGAUUCCAGAAUGACGAAACAGUCCCCGAGAGACAUGCCGUCAUCUGGCGCCCCGAGGACAGGUCGUUCCAGCGGGGCGGCUUCAUUGACCUUGCCGAGGUAUGAAAGGGCCUGUCCGCGCUGGAGGGUGACCGACCAUCGCUGUCGAAACUGGUUGAGCAGCUUGGCGGCCUGGUACGAGGUCGGGUUCGCAUUGAAGAGGCGGCGGGCGCCAGUAUGGGCCAGGAGCUGUAGGAAAGCGGGCACCUCGGCACAGGGGCACCCGUAGGUCUCCACGGCGAGGGGGAAGAAACCGACGUACGGCGCGCGGUUGCGAUAGUGGUCUAUCUUCUUGUCUGCUUGCUCCCGCGCCAUGUACCCCCUCCCUUUCCGUGCCAGGGGAUCGCGGCUGCUGAUCGGGUCGGUGACGGUGACGUCGCAGAUCCAUACUGCGCCCGAGUCACGGUCCCGGAUUGCCAGGUCGGCAGUCUGGUCGCCGAUGGGGGUAUAGGUGGCAGUUUCUUUCUCGACGAUGAACUGUGCGUCUCGUGCCAUGCGAGUGCACUCGUCCCGGAGAGCGUUGUGUGUAUUAGUGCGUCCGUGCCCUGUCCCACAGCGGAGCAGGUGGUUUGGGAGACGCGGGUCGGGGAUUUCCACCCGCUUGGCGCAGUUGCAGACCCUCGGGACAGGGAGGGGGAGGCCCAGACGAAAGGCGAGGGCGAUCGCGAAGUGCGGGGGUGUAAGCCGGAGGGAAGGGAAUAGAGGGAUGGCUAGGAGCCAGUCCCCCGCGCCAUACCCCGUGAGGGAGAAAAGGCGCUGUGUAUGGCCGCUGUUGGGGUUCAACGGCAUGCUGCGGCUGGCCUCCACCUGGUCGGCAUAGCGGGCUGCCUGGACCUCCAGAGACAGGCGGUGCUGCAAAGGUACCUCGGACGCCUCCGCUCGUUCCGACUGUAGAAGCUCAAGGGCGCGUGGGGGCAGCGUCGCCUCACACUCCGUCAGCCAGGUAUGAAGGGUGGUGGGGCUGGAGAACGGAGGCGCCAAGGGCCGGAGUGCCGUUGACAGGGGGCUGGAUAGGUAAGGGGGAGGCCAUGGAGGCGAGCUGGGCCCGAAGGAAGGCGGCGGCCCCCUCCGGGGGGCCGAUGUGGCUGCCGAGCACCCGGAGGCCGUCCGUGCGGAAGGGGAUCGCCGGCGGCAGCAGGUGCGGGGCCGGUCGUGUCGCCGACCAGGCGGCACACUUAUCAGGGUUGUGGGAGAGGUCCAGGUCGGCGAGGGCAGCUGUGAAGUGUGUAAAGGCGGAGGUGCACUCGGCUGGGUCACCGAGGAAAGAGAUGUCAUCGGCGUAGGCGAGGCAGAGGAUAGAGGGGUGGGCGUCCGCCGUGGCUCGGAGGGCGGGGUGGAUAGCCGCGGCGAAGAGUA